AUGAGAUAAUAGAUUAAAUAAUAAACGGAUUUAGAAAAAUUAUUAAACUCUUCAUUCUAGUCUCAUAAGGUUCUCUAUAUUGAUCUGAGCUACUAUAAAAUUGGUGAUAAACUUGCAACAUGCUUAAGUUCUGCUUUAGGAAAGUGCACUAAUCUCUCAAAUUUAACACUUGAUCUUCGUGACAAUUCAAUUGAUGCAAUCGGUGUAUCAAAAUUGAGUUCUGCUUUAGCAAAUUGCACUAAUAUAUAAAAUUUAAAACUAGAUCUUCGUGACAAUUAAAUUUAUGAUAAAGGUUUAUCAUGCUUAGGUUCUGCUUUAGCAAAUUGCACUAAUCUUUCAAAUUUGAUACUUAAACUAAGUAAUAUUUAAAUUAGUGGUAAAGGAACAUCAGAUUUAGGUUCUGCUUUAGCCAAUUACACUAAUCUCUCAAAUUUAACACUUGAGCUUGAUUGUAAUUAAAUUGGUGAAGUUGGUGCAUCAGGCUUAGGUUCUGCUUUAGCAAAUUGCACUAACCUCUCAAAUUUGACACUUGAUCUUGGUGGUAAUUAAAUUGGUGCAAUGGGUGCUUCAGGUUUAAGUUCUACUUUAGCAAACUGCACUAAUCUCUCAAAUUUGACACUUGAUCUUAAUUACAAUGAAAUAGGUGAUGAAGGUAUAUCAGCCUUAAGUUCUAAUUUACCAAAUUACACUAAUCUCUCGAAUUUGACACUUAAGCUUUAUGGUAAUGAAAUUAGUGCACUUGGUGCUUCAAGCUUAGGUUCUGCUUUAGCAAACUGCACAAAACUCUCAAAUUUGACACUUAAUCUUAGUGAGAAUUAAAUUGAUGAUGAAGGUGCAUCAGGUUUAAUUUCUGCUUUAGCAAACUGCAUUAGCCUCAAAAAUUUGACACUUGAUCUUGUCGCUAAUUAAAUUGGCGCAAUUGGUGCAUCAGGCUUAGGUUCUGGUUUAGAAAAAUGCACUAAUAUCUCAAAUUUGACACUUGAUCUUGCAUCCAAUUAAAUUGGUGAUGAAGGUACAUCAGGCUUAGGUUCUGCUUUAGCAAAUUGCACUAAUCUCUCAAAUUUAAAACUUUAUCUUAGGAGUAAUUAAAUUAGUGCAAUUGGUGCCUCAGGAUUAGGUUCUGGUUUAGGAAAGUGUACUAAUCUCUAAAAUUUGACACUUAAUAUUGAUGGUCAUAUAACUGAGGAAAUUGGAAUGGACUAACUCGAUAAUAAUAUGCACUUUGGUUAGCAGGUCCAUUUUUCUCAUUAGUAAAUUGGUGAUAAUGGUGCAUCAGACUUAGUUUUUGCUUUAGGAAAUUGCACUAAUCUCUCAAAUUUGGCUUUAAGUCUUUGUACGAAUUAAAUUAGUGAUGAAUGUGCAUUAAGCCUAGGUUCUACUUUAGUAAAUUGCUCUAAUCUCUCAAUUUUGACACUUAAUCUUAGUUACAAUAAAAUUGGUGUCAUGGGUGCAUCAGACUUAGGUUCUGCUUUAGCAAAAUGCACUAAUCUCUCAAAUUUGUCACUUGAUCUUUAUUAGAAUUAAAUUGGUGCAACUGGUGCAUUAGCCUUAUGUUCUGCUUUAGCAAAAUGCACUAAUCUCUUAUACUUGACACUAAAUCUUGAAUUUCUGAUAUACAAGUGA